AUGAAGGUCGUCAUUGCCGGUGCCGGCGUGGCAGGCCCAGCUAUCGCCUUUUGGCUCGCCAAGCAGGGCCACGAAUGCACAGUCGUUGAGCGCUUCCCCUCGCUUCGCAUCGCCGGUUUACAAGUCGAUUUACGAAACGAGGCGAUCGAGGUGGUUCGGCGCAUGGGUCUGCUGCAGACGGUCCGGGACCGUUCCGUCCCGGAGAUGGGCACCAUCAUUGUCGACUCCAAGGGCCAGGAAAACAUCGUGCAGAGAAAACUCAAGAUUGAACACGAAAGCGGCGUCCAGGGCAAGACAAGUGCCUACGAAAUUAUGCGCCGCGAUUUGAUUGAGAUUCUCUACGACGCAACAAAAGAAAACGUCACUUACCGUUUUGGGCUUUCAGUCGACCACUAUCGAAAUAUUGAAGUCGAUGAUAGCGAUGAGGAGGGCCCCAAGACUGACCAGGUGGAGGUUACGUUCUCAGACGGCAGCAAAGAGACGUACGAUCUUUUGAUUGCAGCGGACGGACAAGGAUCGCGCAUUCGCAAACAAAUGUUCUUUUACAGACCAGAAGAGGACCAAUCGCGAUGGCUGGGAAUUUUUUCAGCCUACUACACGUUGCCGCGAAGGGACUACGACACGAGCUUCUGCCGCAUGUACCACGCGACCGAGCGGCGGCUGGCCAUGACGCGCUGGCACAAGCAGGACAUGGGCCAAGUGUACCUCAUGGCCAUGAACAAUGCCGAGCGCUUCCGCCGUGCGCUGGACCGCGACGUGGCCAGCCAAAAGGACGCCUUCGCGGCCGUCUUCAAAGGCAUGGGGUGGCAAGAGGAGCGAAUCCUGCACGCCCUCACCGACGCCGAAGACUUUUACGCGGACGAGAUGCUGCAGCGACGGAGCACCGUGUGGUCGCACGGCCGCGUCGUGCUCCUCGGCGACGCGGCAUACUGCGCUUCGCCCAUUGCCGGUGUCGGGUCCAGCAUGGCGCUCAUCGGCGCGUACGUGCUAGCGGGCGAGCUGGCCGUGCAUGGCGAGAGAAAGGUGGCCGCGGCGCUGGCCUCGUACGACGCCGCGAUGCGGCCGCUGGUCGACCAGAGCCAGCGGCUGCCGAAGCGGUCGCUCCAGGGCUGGCUCCCGCUGUCGACGUGGUCCAUCAAGCGCCUGCACGUCAAAGAGUGGGUGCGCAGCAAGGGCAAGGGUGCGCAGCCGUGGGCGAAAAAGGUGCACGACCAGCGCUGGGUGCUGCCCGACUACCCCGAGAUGUGCUGGCGCAGCCGUUCGGCGGCAUGGGCGAGCCUGCCGUCGACGGCGCGGUCCUCGCUGACCGAGGACUCGCGGUCGCGAUCGUUUUGGUCGCCGGGCGCGUACAGCUCGGCGUCGUCGGUGGCGGACGACAUCUGGCUGCCGUCGUAUGAGCUGCGAAAGGAGGAACGGGCUCAAGAGCGGGCUCAGAAAGAAGACGAGACGCCGCGGCUUGAAAAGGUACAGCCCGAUUGGCCGCUGGUUACGGACCUGUCUUGUUCGAAUUGUGCAAAUUGUUCGAAGCGGGCGGAGGUGUUGUAG